UCACAGGAACUCAAGGGCCUUGUGGAGAAAAUGGAGAAGAACGAGAGGAAGCUGAAGAAGCAGCUGAGGAUCUACAUGAAGAAGGUUCAGGAGCUGGCAGCUCAGGCUGCGGCUCACGAUGUCGAUCAGAACAAGGAUGACAAGAACAAGAUGAUCCGCCAGGAGACCCUGAAGAGGAAGGACAAGGACUUCGAGGGGAUGCUGGAGUACCUGAAGGAGGACGAGGCCCGGCUCAUCAAGACCCUGAUCACAGACAUCCGACCCGGUUCGGUGUCGGCCACCGUCCCCUGCCUCCCCGCCUACAUCCUCUUCAUGUGCAUCCGCCACGCCGACUACAUCAACGACGACCAGAAGGUCAUUUCUCUGCUGACCUCCAGCAUCAACGCCAUCAAGAAGGUCCUGAAGGACCCACUUUGGACCCCCUGGUUUCUGGUUUCCAUCUGA